AUAAAUUACGGUAUUUUGAGAGGUGAAGUCGGACUAAGUAGGACAUCACUGAAGGCCUAGGUGAGAAACGCACGGCUCGCCACUGGUUUUGACCCGAUCCAGCCACCCAGUUUGGAGGUUGACAAACUUACCCAAGAAAGAGGUGCGUCACAGCGGACGACAUCAUGACAGAGGUGGGCGCCCCGUCAGCAGAGCAGACCCAGGCGGCAGGUGCAGUUUUGGGCCGGGUCCUGUACCACGCCGUGCGAGGUGGCUGUUUUGUGAGUAGCCUUCUACCUGAGGAGAGCUUCUUCCUGGACUACAUCAUUCACCAAAUUGGUUCUGACAAUUUCACCGUCACGGACCUGGAAGCUGUAAUGAGGACUCUAGAACUUGGGGGAGGGUUGAAGAAUGAGAGCAGUUACCGGCACUCAAACAACACCUGGGAUCAGCAUUGUUUUUCUGCACACGAGCUGGUGCUGAUCCACGGCCUGGAAGGAGGCGACGGCGUGCUGGGUCGGUCUGACUUGGUCCGGCUUAGCCCGGCGCUGGUCCAGCAGGUCCUGAGUGGGGCUUGUGUUGCCACACAGCCACCUAAUCCGGAACAAAACCAGCUCAGCAUAACAGAGAGAUACCUUUACGCAACCCUCGCCAACGUCGUCAUCACGCUCAUGUCCAUGUUUGGCAUCGUGUUGCUACUUUGUACGUCAUCCACCAGCAUCUUCCAGAUGUGUAUCCAGUUCUGCAUCAGCCUGGCAGUGGGUUCUCUCACCGGAGACGCCUUGCUGCACCUGCUGCCCAUGUUCCUAGGCCUCCAUGUGCACUCUGAUGACGCAGGCUCCGAGCUGCACACGCCACGGCACCAGCCGCACGGUGACGGCGGUGCUGCUGUGUCCGACUACGUGUACAAGAUGUUGGUGUUGAUGGGCGGGAUCUACUACUUCUACCUGAUGGAGACGCUCUUCUCGCUUUUCAUGCACAGACAUAACCACCACGUGGUCGCCUCGGAGCCUCACCACUGCGACCACAGCAGAGUUUUAGAAAUGUAUCAGGACAAGAAACAAAAAGAUAAAGUACAUUCUGCAUCAAAAACUGAGCUGGUGAUUGAGGAGGAGCACCAUGACACAUCUGUUCACAAAGAGAGGGCCACAGAUCAGCACAUGCUGCCUUACUUGAUCACUUUAAGCGACGCCAUCCAUAACUUCGCUGACGGUUUGGCCAUGGGUGCCGCUUUCUCCCUGUCGUGGAGGUCGGGUUUGGCCACGUCCCUGGCCGUCCUCUGCCACGAGCUGCCUCACGAGCUGGGAGAUUUUGCCAUCUUGCUGCACAGCGGCAUGUCGGUGCGGCGGGCGCUGCUCUUCAACGUGGGCAGUGCCAUGUCCUCCUUUGUGGGCCUCUACAUCGCCCUGUCUGUGGCCACCGACCUAGCCACCAAGCAGUGGAUAGCUGCCAUCACUGCAGGCCUCUUUCUCUACGUGGGCCUGGCUGACAUGUUGCCCACCAUGGUGCACAUUAACUCCAAGAGGCCGUGGAUGAUUUUUGCAGUGCAGAACGUCGGCCUCCUGAGCGGCUGGGCCAUCCUCUUGGUGCUGACGCUUUUCGAGGAGAAGAUUAGCUUUUAACGUCAGUGUGUUCGUGAGGUUAGUGUCAUGCUAAAGUCCAUUAGAUUUGUUAUGAGGGCCAUAUUCAUUAUCACCUAAAUUAGGGGUGUCUAAAGCGUCCCACAGAUAGUUUUUA